AUGUCUUUGUUAGAUAUAUAUGAUGAUGCUGCUGAGUUGUUAUCCUUGGCAUACCAAUUCAUUGGGGACCAAGACACCGUCAAGGAGGUCCAGCAGCAAGUGCUGCUGGUGUUGUCUCCAAAGCGCUUCGAAUUCUGCGCAUCACAGAUUGCUGCUGAGAUAUCUGCCCUUGAGGAAGGAGACAGUAUAGAGGAGACAUUUGAUGCAGCAGCAGCAGCAGCAAACUUCCCGCUGCAGCAAUGGCUACAAUCCAGAGGAGACAUUGCCUCCUCUUCUUUUACAGACAGACGUCUCCUCCUAGAGGAGCUAUUAACGGAGUUAUUAGGGGCACGUAUUAAGAAGGGACAAGUGCUGUCUCCUUCUCUGUCUCUUGUUCCCCCUCAGCAGCAGCAGCAGCAGCAGCAGCAGCAGGUGCUGCAGGAACCUGGUGUAGGAGGAGACAUAGUUAAUGGUUUGUUGCUGCGUCGUUGGCCUAAGCAUUUAUGUGACGACACAGCAACAGCAGGAGCAGCAGGAGCAGCAGCAGCAGCAGCAGCAGCAGCAGCAGCAGCAGCAGCAGCAGAUAGUCUCCGUUCUUUAUGUGUCUCCUUAAAUUAUGAUUAUUUAUUAAGAAGAAGAAUUUUAUUAAUGAGGGCAAAUGUUACUAUACAGGCAUUCCUUCUUGCUAUUAAGAAUACGGAGCACGAGGAGAUAGUAUGUGAGGUAUUGGAUACACUGCAUGCAUUAGAGAGGAAGGAGACACCAACUAUUUAUCUCCAUUCUCCUUUUGCUGCUCCGGGUGGUAACGCUUGGGGGGGAUCGGGAGGAAGAGGUCGGUACCCAAGAGGAGGAGGAGGAGGAGGAGGAGGGGGCCCCCGUGGUGGGGGCCCCCAAGGGUCCUCUAGGCCUGAAUCAGCUGCUGCAACAGGACCAUUCGGACAGCAGCAGCAGUACCAGCAGCAGUACCAGCAGCAGCAGCAGCAGGGAGAGAGAGGAGGUGGGCAUAGGUACAGGAGAGGAGGAGGAGGGACAAGGGGGGGCCCCACAAGUGCAGGGGGCCCCCCUAGAGGAGGAGGGUUCGGGGGGAGGUAA